AGAAAGUACACCAAAGACAAGAAAUUGAGGCACUAAAACAAGACUGUCAAAACAACAACAUAACAUCAUGACACGCUAUAACUACUGACUACUAGGACAAGACACAAAUGUUAUGACGUUUGUAUGAUACAAUAUGUUGGCCAGGUACUAAAACAGAACACCAUUGUCACCGUACUCCUCUUCGGUGUCAGUUCAACUUUGACCUUACAAUAAAGGAGUGGGCGGUCACUCUGACUCAUAACCUGAAGACCGUCCUGGUUUAAGGGAGUCUCUGACGUACUGAGAACUGAUCAUUCAGAAAUUGAUCAUGUCUUACAUGUCAGAGCGAUGUAAGUCAAGCCUUGUCGUACUUCCGAGGACAGGCCAUGUUUCAGUGACCUCCAUGGGGUGAUGUCCUGUAUCGCUUUCUUGUGCACCUUUGUUGCUAUAGCAACACUUCCAAAUGGCCAGGCGCAGGAAAGUCGCUUCUUGGCUGAUUUUGGAAGUUUUCAGAUCGAGGAUUCACCGACUAAUGAAGUGAAAUCAAUGGUCACUACCGAAUGGAAAACAGCUCAAGGAAAUGUUCACAAGGUCAUUAAGCGUCAAGUAUAUUCUGCCCAAGAUUAUGGACUUCGCUUGCCAAGACCUAAGCCUACACCCUCCCCUGUCCAGGAGAAGUUCUUCAAAGAACAGAUCAGGUCUCUUCCGAUUUCCUCCAGGGACAGAUUAAAACAUCUCUACGACAGGAUUGGAUUCACGCAGGAGUUUCAGGACACCCUCAUGCGAGAGCUCGUUCGUUCUCAGAAUGCUGUUGCCAAGCCUGCAGAUGCUACAAGGCAAAGUGUUGACACUCCUAACCGUGCGGUCACAGAAAAUGCUGGUCCAAUUUUUAAUCACAGAGGAGGAGGACUUUCUUUGGUAUCAAAUAGUUUUCCAGGUAGCGGGCAGCAGUCAUCUCCUAGAAGCUAUGUAACAUCAGGAGUUCAUCCUGGUACAGGAAGCAGGACUCGCUACAAUGUGCAUUCGGGGACAACUUUUGAUACAUCACCAGAGUCCAACACUAGAACUAACAACAUCAAUGAUAACAUCGCUAGGAAUAGAAAUCGAGUUUCGAACCCAGCUCAGUUACACUCAGGCGCUGGUUAUAACACGUAUAAUUCCAACAUCUUGGGUUCAAGUGUACAGCCUGGACAAAGUCGACUGCAAGAAACAUCAAAGACUUGGACUUACCAACAAGAGCGUCGGGGACAACAGCUUCAGUCAACCGAAUCACACACUUUUCAAACUCAACGUCAACCAUUCACCACAAAUCAAUACCAUCCAAACCAACCGAUCAAUAACAAUCAAUACCAUCAACAUCAACUGAUCAACACAAAUCGAUAUCAUUCGAACCAUCAAAGUAAUAAAAACAACCAAAAUCAACACCGACAAACUGCACCACAAACGCAAGUGAAUUUCUCUAAUCGACAGAGUCCUCAAAAGUUUCCAUCAAAUCAAUUAAAUCAUAACAAUGACAAAAUGGCUACGAAUAACCCCAAUCCAAGCGAACAAGUUGCCUUUAGCCAGCAGCAGCAUUAUGCGAACAAUGAUCAAGUUCACUAUACUGACCACAACCAACGCCACAUUGUCCAGAACGUACAAAGUCAAUACCAACAAAUACCUUUAAAUCAUCAAGUCCAGCGCCAGCCACAUGGAAUUACACAGGGAAAUGAGCAUGCCUUAAACAAUAGGACGGGAACUGCUUCUAAUCGUGCUUUAAAUACUGAUUGGCCAGGGUUAACUUAUAAUAAUAAUGAAAUAAGAUCUUUCGACAGCCAGGCAAAGUCUACAGGGUAUAACCCAGAUCACAAUUUUAAGAUUGGCAACUCUGCACCGCCUCAAGGAUAUCCUUCUAUUAACGGAAAUGAUUUGACAAGAAAGUCAUAUUUACCCCACCCUACUAAUAUGAUAGAGAGCACACAAAAUGAACGCAUCUACCCACAGCAGAAUGGUAUACAAUCAGCCCGACAGAAUGCGGAUGGUUAUAUGCAGCCAGUAAUGCAGCCUUUUAACAACGCAGGUUCUUCAUCACAGCCUUCAAGUCACUUGAACUCUAGCAGCGCUGUGAUAAAAGUGAUCGUCUCAUCCGACAGCCCACAAGCAAACAAAACACCAUCACUUCCGGUUCAAGCAAUACCAACGUCUCAUCAAGCUACAGCGGCACCGCCAACACCGCAACUAACAGUGCCCACACAUCCAGCUACACGAACUAUCUCGUCCACAACCGUAACGACUACCACAACAUCGCAUCCUCCGCCGCCACAAGUGGUUGACUUUCUUAACACCAAGGUAAUUAUUCCGCCUCACAUUAACAACAACCCGGCUAUGAGGGCAGCCUUCUUAAAGGUUAUUGCUAAAGCUGUAAGCGCCAAUCAAGAAGCUAUGAAACAUUUACAAACUAGCAUGAAGCCCCUAGUGGUUUCAACAACUCCAGUGACUAUCAAACAAGAUAUUGUUACGACAACCUCCCGCACAACUGUUAAAGCCACAUCAACAACCACCUCGGCACCUAUUUACAACUUACACGUCGAGAUGGCCCCGGCACUAUAUCUCACCUGGUCACUGCCACAGAAUCAGAUUGACAUUCUAAAAGGAUCCUCGUUGACCACCAUUUUACAAAGCAUCAACACUUCCAGAAGCGAACAAUUACCUGGCAACGGGUUCAUAGAACAAUUUAAAACGUUUCUCAUAGACACUCUACUCGGUGACCCCCUCAGCUACAUCCCAUCAGACGACAGCCUGCAGAACCAAAAGUACUACGACAGAUUUGACCUUGGGCCUACAAUCCUAGUGAAAGACAUUUUAGGCGGGUUCGUCAAGUUUGACAGCUCGCCAAGAAAUAGUAGGAUCAAACGAAGUCUCCUGUCAAACUUCAAAAAAUAUAUAACUCAAGGAGAUCGUGAUUUAUCCAAACCAACUAACAAAUGUUCAGGCAACAGGACAUGCCAAUUCACGAGUAUUAAAAAUAUUAAAACAAUACCAAAAAAUCUUAUUUUCACAAGAACUAAGCCUGCGUUACAAAAAUUUAAUCAAACUCAAAAAAAUUCCACAAACAAAAAUGAGCCUAUCUUUAGACAGAAUUCGCAUCUAAACCUUUUAAAAGCCAACUUACAGUCCAACAGAAACUUCCAAAUAACAGAGAAUCAAAAACCAGACAAAGACAAGAAAGUUGCCAAUGCCGAGCCACAAGUAGUUCAUUUAAACGCUCAGACUAUAUGCGAUCACUUUAAAGAUGUCAGCCAGCGAAGUAAAUGUCUAAUUAACAUGAGAGCUCAUCAUAUACGCAGGUCACACCUACAGUGUCGGAAAGUUACGACGGGAGAGAAAAAAACCAAAUGCAAACGGAAUGUGGUUAGGAAUAUAUCUCAACAGUCGAGUGUGGUUAGGAAUAUAUCUCAACAGUCGAGUGUGGUUAGGAAUAUAUCUCAACAGUCGAGUGUGGUUAGGAAUAUAUCUCAACAGUCGAGUGUGGUCGUACAAAGUGAGAAGAUUACUUUGACCCCGAACAGACUGUGCGCAGACAAGUGUGACAAACACAAGCACGUCUUAGUGAGACGAGCAGCAGCUUCAGGAAAGUCGUUGCCUGUGCUGAGAUUUACAUGGCUCCUCCCUAAAGACUCAUUCCCAGCUGCUCCGCUUGAGACAAUGCGUUACAUCAUGGACAAAUAUAAAAAGAAAGAAGCUUUACUCGCCAAUAAAACUGCAAAUUUCCCAGAAGCAACACAUUCAGUCCUCAACGCUUCUACUUCUAGUAGCCAACAUGGCUCUUCGGUGAGUGAUCAUAUGGCGUAUCUUAACAAGCUUAUCGAAGCCGCGAACGCCUUGUCGAAACUGCAAGGAAGAAGCAUGGAUCUCUUGGCCAGCGCUGUGAAUGUCUCAAUGUUUCAAAGCUUACAGGAAGGAGUCGUGAUGAAAAGCCAUGCUCACGAAAACCACUCUAAUGAAAACCAUCAUAUGAACCUACCAUUAAUCAAUACUAUGUUAAAUCCAGUUCUAACAAAACUAGCAUCAGUCAGCCAAGUUGCUUUACCAACAAACCCUACUCAUAAGACAGCGACCUCAACAUCCACAAAUAACCAUUUCGUCUCCAGAAAUAUGUCUGACAACAUAGGUAUUCUGAAAACCACCAACGUGCCGCCAACUCCUCCUCAACUCCAGCCCACGCAGGGAGUGACUACGUCAUCUCAUGCUGAUAUUGAUAAUUUUAUGCUAGCCAUGUCGAGUAAAUUUCCAGACGUACCACUAAACGUUCUACGACCAUUGGUGUCUCAUCUGAUGCAGCAAUUUAACUCCAACAACAGUGCAGGCUCUUCACAUCUUCAGACAACGCCGGCCUCAUCUUUUCAGCCGCCCAGCGUUAAUGUAACAUCACCAACUGUUCAACUCCCGUCUUUUCCUACUGACAAAGCUAUCAGCCAUCAUCGCAAAGUCUCCAAUACAAUAGUGGAAGAGCAAGUCACUCAGCCGCCCAUUCCUGAAUCUAAUAUCCCACCUCCACUUCCGUCUCAGCUCCCGGCGCAAACAUCAGCACCAAAGACUUUAAGCCAACAAACUUACGCGCAAAGACUGUCACAAAUUACCACCCCGCCUUUUCGAGCCGCGACUCCUCCUUUCACCACUACGUCCGUGUUCACCAACAGGUAUUUGACGAUGAACAUGCACUUCAAAGGGCUGCCCCACCUUGACGUUACGACUUUGCCUUCAAUUAAUUCUUCAAUAACUCUGCCAUCUGUUUUCCCUACCUCUGCGUCCUCGGCCGAGGUUGCUGAGUUCAUGAUGUAUCUUAUGUCCACGCUGAGGUCCAGCGGCCAAAAUAAAUCUUUCUCAUUUGUAUCGCAUCAUGACAGCGCCAAUGAUGCUUUGACAAGUGGUAAAGAAAACCUAACAGACCCACAAAACACCAAUGUCGCAUCAUCUUUGACAAACCCUCUUCACGACAUUUCUUCUGUCAACAAAUUAAAUACAGAACUAAACUCAAAGAUACUAUCACAGACAGAUGCAGGGCAGUCUAAUGUUCCAAGUAUGUCCUUAGAAUCAAUGCUAUUUAAGACACAACAUUUAGACAAUGUAAAACCGAGAUCACCGCAGAUGGAUGUAGGACAAAAUAAAUCAACACAAGGACAUGCUAUGGAAAUCUCUUCUCAUUCACCUCCAGCCAACAUUAAAGAAAAUCCGCAGAUGGUAGACUAUGUUGGAGCUGCUUUAAAUCAAAUGUUAAUGUCGAAAAUGUUGAAUGCCCACAACCAUGUCUCUCUCCCAAAAGUUACAGAUCUUCUAUCUCAACCAGCUACGCAACAUACACAUUCUGAAUCCCAACCAGCUGUGCAGCAGGUAAAUCUUCCACCUCAGCUAUCUGGCCCGCGAAGCCCAUCGCAACUGUCCACAAAUCUAGGAACUAUUUCAUCUCAACCUAAUGGACAUCUUAUAGACACUACUCCACAAGGAAAGACAGAUACAUCUCAGCAAUCUGUCCUAACACACGUUGACUUGUCUCAUCAAAAUAUAUUAUCAGAAGCGGGGCCAUUGGCGACAUCCAUGUGUCUCCAAGGACAGCGAAUGUCGUGCCAACCCACACGGCCGUCUCCUAGACUGGUGUCUUUCUGUCAGCAACGCUGUGAUGCAUCAACGGGACUUUGUUCCUCUGCUUUGUGCCAGUGCAGCUGUUUAGACCCAAGCCUCCAGACAGCAGUUUCUUCCUCCAUUGACAAGUCGUCCGUGCCUGUAACUUCAAACAUUGGUCAUGCGGACAAAACAGAGGUAAACACGCUCCAGUCUGGCAGUUUUCAGAUCUCGAUGGUCAACCCAGAACUCCAAACAUCAGUGGAAACUACAACAGACUCGACAAUGUCAGAAGAACGCCUUCGGAAAUUUUUGACUCUGAUGGAGAAAGUCAGAGGCAAGAAGUCGUCAGAGCCUGCAAAAGAGGAAGAACCACCGGAUAGAUAGAAAAGUUUGCUGGGGACAUUUCUCUCGCUCAGAGAAUAAAGUUUGAUUCCUGGUGCAUACGUUAUGUCUGGUUACAGCAUUAUAUACACUAAAUUAUUAUUAUUAUUACAAUAAAACGACUUCAACAUUCUGAAUAAAUGUGAUAGAUGAGAAGAUCGUAUUAACUUGGUCUGUAAUUGUACCAAUAACAAUCAAACUUCCAGAGGUUACAGGUGGCUGGAAGAUUGCUGUUAUUGAUUCAAACUUGCCCAACGGCAGUUCAAAAUUUUUAAAGACACAUAAUAUAUAAGUCACAAUAAUAAAAAAUACUUCAAUUUAUUUUUAUUAAAACGCAUAAAUUACUGUAAAAUAAUGAGCAUUUAAUUACGAAAUGUUUA